AUGUUUAUGGGAUCCACUACGGAAUAUGUCCAGAUAAAGCCGUUGGAGUACUCGACAGAACCAGCACUCGCGCUCCAUUUCGAUAUUAGCGUGUUGAAGAAUGGCCCGAAAUUUAGGACUAGAAGGCUUAAACAGACAUAUGCUGUCUCAUCGAGGCUCUGUGGACGCAAAGUCUUAAGUAUCCAACUAGCCUCCUCGAUCGACUUUGAAUCAGAUUCCGAUCUGAUAGUCAUGCGGUUCCAGGUUCGUGAGCUGUGCUUGGAGGAAGACAUGAACGACGCCAUUCUCGAUAGAUACGAAUUUGUCUCGGCUAUCAGCUUUGUCUGGUGCGUGACCUUAUGGAAUUAUGGUGGAAGAGAGUGUGAUAUUGAUACUCUGGCCACAGAGCUUUGA